AUGGUGCCAUGCGCCUGCCUGAGUUGCUGUGACCAGUGUCAGUCUCUGCACUGUUUGGCACAAGCGUGCGCGCUGUGCGCAUUCCCUGAACUCCCUGCACUGCUUGACUCGAGCGCACACGCGCUGUGUGCAGUCCCCGAGCUCCCUACACUGUUUGGCAUGAGCACACGUGCGCUGUGUGCGGUCCUCGAGCCCCCUGCACUGUUUGGCACGAGAGCGCAUGCGCUGUGUGCGGUCCUCAACCCCCUGCACUGUUCGUUUGGCACAAGCGCACGUGCUGUGAGGAGCGAGCUGGGCUGGAGGCCUCACUCCUGGCAUGCCACCAAGUUCUCUGACAGCCACCCUGAGCUAGCGGCCUCCCCGUUCCCCUCCGCCAGCAGCUGUCCUUCCUGGUCUGGCCGACACCAUGCGAGUUCUUCUUCCCACGACCUGUCCAGUUCCUGGGAGCAGACGAACCUACAGCGCACCUUAGACCACUUCAGCUCCCUGGGGAGUGUUGGCAGCCUGGACCACCCCUCCAGUCGCCUCUCGGUGGCCAAGUCCAACAGCAGCAUCGACCACCUGGGCAGCCACAGCAAGCGCGACUCAGCCUACGGCUCCUUCUCCACCAGCUCUAGCACUCCUGACCACACCUUGUCCAAAGCCGACACAUCCUCUGCAGAGAACAUCCUCUACAGUGUAGGCCUCUGGGAGGCUCCCAGACAGGGUGGCCGGCAGGGCCAGGCCGCAGGUGACCCUCAGGGCUUGGAGGAGAAGCUCAGGUGUUUCCCGCCCAGGGUCCCCAGUGACAGCGACAAAGGCCCCAGGCCAGAGUACAAUGCCGAGCCCAAGCUGGCUGUCCCUGGGAGGUCCAAUUUUGGGCCAGUCUGGUAUGUUCCCGAUAAGAAGAAAGCACCAGCAUCCCCACCCCCUCCCCCUCCCCCUCUCCGCAGUGACAGCUUUGCUGCCACCAAGAGCCACGAGAAGGCCCAGGGCCCUGUGUUCUCAGAGGUGGCCAUGGCACAGCACUUUACGGCCCCGGCCCAGGCUCAGCCCCGUGGUGACUGGAGACCAGAGCCCACUGAUCGGCCUUGGAGGUCAGCACACCCAGGGAGCCUCGGGAAGGGAUCGGGAGGCCCGGGCUGCCCACAGGAGGCCCGCGCAGAUGGCAGCUGGCCACCCGCCAAGGAUGGAGCUUCCAGCAGGCUGCAGGCCUCUCUGUCCAGCUCAGAUGUGCGCUUCCCUCAGUCUCCUCGUAGCGGCCGCCACCCUCCCCUGUACAGUGACCACAGCCCACUCUGUGCUGACAGCCUUGGGCAGGAGCCAGCGACUGCCAGCUCCCAGAACGACAGCCUUCCUCAGGUGAAGGGGCUCAGCAGCUGUGACCAGAAGCUGGGGAGUGGCUGGCAGGGCCCCCGGCCCUGUGUGCAGGGAGGCCCGCAAGUGGCACAGCUCUGGGCAGGAUGCUGGCCUUCCGACACGGCCCCUGGAGCCCUCAAGAGUCUUCCCCCACCCACGGUGGGCCAGAGCCCACACCGUCACCUACCUCAGCCUGAGGGUCCUCCGGAUGCCUGCGAGACAGGACGGUGUUACCCACUGGACGCAGGGGCCGAGGGCUGCUCCGUGGGAGCCCAGGAGCCUCCCAGGGCCAGCCGUGCAGAAAAAGCCAGCCAGAGGCUGGCAGCCAGCAUCACGUGGGCAGAUGGGGAGAGCAGCAGGAUCUGCCCGCAGGAGACGCCCCUGUUACACUCCCUGACCCAGGAGGGGAAGCACCGGCCUGAGAGCAGCCCAGAGGACAGCGCCACCAGACCGCCACCGUUCGAUGCCCACGUGGGCAAGCCCACCCGGAGGAGCGACCGCUUUGCGACCACCCUGCGGAAUGAGAUCCAGAUGCAUAGAGCCAAGCUGCAGAAGAGCCGGAGCACAGUGGCUCUGACUGCAGCAGGCGAGGCGGAGGAUGCCACUGGCCGCUGGAGGGCUGGGUUGGGAGGUGGCGCCCAGGAAGAACCCUUUGCUGGCGCCUAUAAAGACCACCUGAAGGAGGCCCAAGCCCGAGUUCUGAGGGCCACGUCCUUCAAGCGCCGCGACUUGGACCCCAACCCAGCAGAUCUAUACCCGGAAUCACUGGAACACCGGAUGGGGGAUCCAGACACUGUCCGCCACUUCUGGGAGGCAGGCCUGGCCCAGCCACCCUCAUCUGCAGGUGGCGGGCCCCACCCGCCCCGCAUCGGAGGCCGGAGACGGUUCACAGCUGAGCAGAAACUGAAGUCCUACUCGGAACCCGAGAAGAUGAACGAGGUGGGCCUCACGAGGGGCUGCAGCCCUCAGCAGCACCCCAGGACAUCUGAGGAUACUGUGGGCACGUUUGCUGACAGGUGGAAGUUUUUUGAGGAAACGAGCAAACCUGUUCCCCAGAGGCAAGCGCUUCAUGGAAUCCUGAGAGACAAGCCAGAGAGGCCGUGGACAGCGGGCCGCACAUGUGAGGGCACGGAGCCCUGGUCGCGCACCACCUCCCUUGGGGACAGCCUCAAUGCUCACAGCACAGCGGAGAAGACAGGGACGUCAGACCCGCCGCAGAGGCUCGGCACCUUUGCAGAGUAUCAGGCCUCCUGGAAGGAACAGAAGAAGCCUCUGGAGGCCAGGAGCUCCGGGCGCUGCCACUCAGCGGAUGACAUCCUGGAUGUGGGCCUGGACCCGCACGAGAGGCCGCAGCACGUUCAUGGGAGGUCCCGGUCUUCGCCAUCCACAGACCACUACAAGCAGGAAGCUUCUGUCGAACUGCGAAGGCAGGCAGGGGACCCUGGCGAGCACAGAGAAGAGCUUCCCUUCACGGUCCGGGCCAAGGAGGGACAGUCCACGCUGAG